UCCUAGCUACCCUUGAACUGUCAUGUUUCAAAGCAAGUUCUUCUCAGUUUUCACUUUAGUUUUAUUUACACAACAUUUUGAACCUUGCGUUAGUGGAAAAUUCUCGAUUUGUUUUAUAUAAACCUGAUAUAAAUUUUCUACAAUGGCUGAGUAUCCCGUGUGCGUGUCCUCUUCCACUCGAGAGCUGGCCCGGCUUACGGCGGAAGAAGUUCAGAUUGCCACCAAGGAGGUUGUCCAACGCAAAAAGACGGCCAAGGUAGCCAAGAAUACACCCCCAGGCGGAGCCCAAAUGGUAAUGCGGCAGAAAAUGUGGCGGCAGCACCGAGAGCGCGUCAAGGGGGCCGUUAGCAUGGUGGACGCGGAGCCACCCGGCUUCCAGGCGGCCCGCAUCACCGGAGUAAAUAAUUUGCGGGAUGAGGCGUCGGUCUUUAUGCAGCGCACCCGAGCCAACAUCCAGUUACUGGUGGAGAUCUCGCGCACAAUGCGCACCCACGGCGCCAUCAAUCCGUUCCGCUACGAGGCGGUGCACGGAGUUUCGUCCAUACCCGCGGCCCUGCUGCAGCUGGAACAGCUGGAGCGGAUCAACCGCGACUUCGGCCGCCGCAUUAUGGAGGUGACCAGCGAGGUGGAUUCGGGUCUGUCCUACAAGCGGACACGUGAGGGCCGAAACGCGAAACCACUGCCGCCGCUGGAGCUGCCCGCCCAGGCGAUGGCCAAGUACGAGGCCUUCAGCAUCCCGCUACCCAAGUCCGACGAGGAGCUGCGUCGCCUCUUCAGGCCGAAAAUAUACUUUGACUUUUACCUGAAGGACGCUCGGCCGCUGGGCAGGAUAGUCGUCCAGCUGUACACGGAGGCGGCCCCGCUGGUCGUCCUGCAGCUGGUCAAGUCCUGUAUGUGCAACCAGCACUCCAAGUUCAUGGUGACGCGGCUCUUCCCCAAUCUCUGGCUGGAAACGGACCUACCUCUGGCUCCGGAUUCUCUGCUGCGCCAGCCGCUGGAGUAUGACGCCAAGGUGAUUGACCACGGAGCCUCCAGCUAUGUGCUGUCCUUCAGCAAGGCCCACGUCAAAGGAUUCGCGCAGCACCUCUCCUUCGCCAUCUCGUUCAAGCCGCUGGCGGUGGUCAAUGGCUCGCGGGUGGGAUUCGGGCGUAUUCUGAAGGGCGGCAAGAUCUGCGACUGCAUCCAGAGCUACGGAACCAAGAACGGGAAGCUCAGCCGCGGCCUGCACUUCACCGAAUGCGGGCUGCUCUAGGCGGUUAGUCAGUGGGUUUUAAAUUUUGUGUGCGAAAUUCGCCAUGUUCAUAGUACCCUAAUUUUGUAGUGUCAUAAAUUAUAGUUUUUCUCUGCCCAA